CGGGGCCGAGGCGAUGGGGUCGCGGGCGCUCCUCAGCCCCGGGGUCCUGGUACGGACCGGGCACACGGUGCUGACCUGGGGGAUCACGCUGGUGCUCUUCCUGCACGAGACCGAGCUGAAGCAGCAGGAAGCCCGAGGGGAGCUGCUGCAGCCCUUGCUCUUCAUCCUCCUGGUGCUCUGUUCUCUGCUGCUCUACCUGGCCGUUUCGCUCAUGGACCCUGGCUAUGUGGGGCCUGACCUGGAGUCCCCACCGACCCAGCUCCAGAAAGAACCCAAGGAGGAGCAGACAGCUAUGAUCCCCCCAAAGACACUCCGGCUCCGGCACUGUGGCUACUGUUUGCUACAGCAGCCCCUUCGUUCCAAACACUGCCGCUCCUGCAAACGCUGUGUCCGUCGUUUUGACCACCAUUGCCCUUGGAUUGAAAACUGUGUGGGUGAGCGCAACCACCCCCUCUUCUUGGCCUACUUGGCAGUUCAGCUGGUGGUGCUCCUCUGGGGCUUGCACCUGGCCUGGUCUGGCCUCCAUUUCCAUGAGCCUUGGCAAAGCUGGUUCCAGCACAAUGGUUUCAUUUUUGCCACCUUCUUGCUGCUGGGCCUCUUCUCAACUGUGGUGAUGCUGCUUCUGGCCUCUCAUCUCUACUUGGUGGCCAGUGAUAUGACCACAUGGGAAUUUAUCUCCCCACAUCGAAUUGCCUACCUCCGCCACCGUCCUGAUAGUCCAUUUGACCGUGGCCUUGCCCGAAACCUGGCUCGAUUUUUCUGUAACUAUGGGGCUGUGCCCUGGGAGGUACUCUAUGCCCAAGAAGAAGAGGGUGAGGCUGUAUAGGGCCUCUAGGAGAAGUGGGCAGUAGGUGCAAACUCUCUGGUGGCUGCCAUUCAGGCUAACUUACAUGUGCCUGUCAAGAUUGCACCUAGUUCCACUCCAUCUUGGCACUUCUAUCCCCAUUAAAGUACUGGGGAGGAAGGCCACCUCUUUGCUACCCUUGACCCAUUUGUGCCUAAACCCUGGAUUCUUUCCCAUUCUCCAUUCCUGUAGCAGGUUGCUGGACCCCCUGGGGAACCACUGGACUGCAAAACAAUUGUCCCCCUCCCCAGGAGACAAGCUUCACCCCAGAGGCUUAAGUUGGGUUAGGACUGGGGAUUUGGACAAUGGGACUUUUAAGGGCCAACUGGAAAUGGUCACAGAAGUAGUGUAGAUAAGGCCUAGGCUGGUUCGAAGCCCAAGGAGGGAGGCGAGAGGAACUGAGGCUCAAGUAUGCGCUGCCAUACUUAACUAGUCUAUUUAUGUAAACAGCGCUGUUUAGUGUAAAUUGAAUUUUAGUUCCCAGUGAAGCCUCAGAACUUUUAUAUUUUUCUUUUCUUCCCCGCAGCAUCCCCAGCCAUCCCAAUUCAGACCAGUUCCCCUAGGGUUCUGAAGUUUACAAAUUUAAUAAUCCAAAAAGCAGGUAGACUGUUUGAAAAAAAAAAAUAAUAAUAACACACCAGUGCACCCUGCUUCCCACUGUGACCCUUCAGAAGUCUGUGCUUUGUACAGAAAUGUUCAAUAAACCCUGGCUGCUGACCA